CGGGCCGUGCCAUAUUGGAAUGAGGCAGUGAGCGGAGCGCCGGGGAGAGCCCGAGCCCCGGCAGCGGCGCAGGGCUGGAAAAACUCCCCGCAGGUUUUUUUCAGGAUCCCUUCUUGAAUGUCCUGGCUGCCAGUAGAAUUGAAGGCGGGAGGCAACUCAUGACCACCAAACUGUGACAGCCUUGGAUUCCCCUGCUUCUGGCUGCUCAAAAUAACCACUGGGCUACUGUGGAGAUGAAUGGAGAACAGCAGUAUGAUGCAGAUGCUGGUUCCAGUGUGGAAGAAGUGGAAUUCAAUUGGGAUGAGUAUCUAGAAGACACAGGAGCAACUGCUGCCCCCCAUGGAUCUUUUAAACAUGUGGAUACAAGUUUGCAGAAUGGUUUUGCCCCUGGUAUGAAGCUAGAAGUUGCUGUCAAGUCUGACCAAAACACCUACUGGGUAGCCACCAUCAUUACUACCUGUGGGCAGCUGCUCCUGUUGCGCUACGAUGGUUACGGGGAAGACCGCAAGGCUGACUUUUGGUGUGAUAUCAUGACAGCUGAUUUACACCCAAUUGGCUGGUGUGAGCAGAACAAGAAGAUUCUCAAAGUGCCUGAAGGUAUCAAGGACAAGAUACCUGACCAGGAGGAAUUCCUUCAGCGGGUGCUGAAAGGAGCAUGCAGUGCUCCUGCUAACCUGCUGGAGGGGCUUCACAGAGGGAAAAAUCCAUUGGAUCUCAUUGCACCAGGGUCCCGAUUAGAACUGCAAAACAUCCGGGAUUCCCUGGAAGCGUGGAUAGUCAACGUGGUAGAAAAUGUUGGUGGGAGACUUAAAUUGCGAUAUGAAGGGCUGGAGGAUUCUGACAAAUUUGACCAAUGGCUAUUCUACUUGGAUCCUUUCCUUCAUCAAGUGGGGUGGGCAGCUCAACAUGGAUAUAGCCUGCAACCACCUUUAGCCAUUAGGUCCUUGAAGAGUGAAGCAGAUUGGCAAGAGAUCCUCAAGAAGGUGAAAGUGGAGGAAGAGGAGUCAUCAGUUCCUACAGAUCUCUUUAAAGAUAAACCUGUGAUUGGAGUGCAUUCGUUCUCUGAAGGCAUGAAGUUAGAAGCUGUGGACCCAAUGGCUCCUUUUGUAAUCUCUCCUGCUACAGUUCUCAAGGUAUACAAUGAAAAAUAUUUCAUGAUACAAAUUGAUGACUUGAGACCAGACAGUACAACCAGCCAGUCUUAUAUUUGUCACGUCAACAGUGCUGGUAUUUUCCCUGUGCAGUGGAGUCUGAAGAACGGCUUGCAUCUCAGUCCCCCACCAGGUUAUCCUGGGCAGGACUUCGAUUGGGCAGACUACCUCAAACAAUGUGGUGCCGAGGCGGCUCCCCAGAGCUGCUUCCCGUUGUUAACUUCUGACCACGGAUUUAAAGAGAACAUGAAACUUGAGGCUGUGAACCCAGUUGAUCCUGAAGAAGUUUGCAUUGCUACAGUCACCAAGUUGAAAGAUUCCUACCUCUGGCUUCAGCUGGAGGGCUCCAAGAAGCCCGUCCCUGACUGUAUAGUGAGCGUGGAAUCCAUGAAUAUAUUUCCAGUGGGUUGGUGUGAGACGAAUGGAUAUCAGCUCAGACCUCCUCGCAAAGCAAUAGUAAACAAGCAGAAAAAAAUUGCAGUAGUUCAACCAGAGAAACAAAUUUUGUCUUCAAGGACAGUUCAUGAUGGACUAAAGAACCAGGAACUGAACUCGUCUGACUCAGUGGUAAUUAAUGGAAAGUACUGCUGCCCAAAGAUCUACUUCAACCACCGGUGCUUCUCAGGGCCUUACCUUAACAAAGGCAGGAUUGCAGAGCUUCCUCAGUCUGUGGGACCUGGGAACUGUGUUCUUGUUCUGAAAGAGGUUCUCACUUUAUUGAUCAAUGCAGCAUACAAACCUAGCCGUGUCCUGCGAGAACUGCAGUUGGAUGAAGAGGCUGCAUGGCAUGGGCAUGGAGAGACCCUAAAAGCCAAGUACAAAGGGAAGAGCUACCGUGCAACUGUGGAAGUUGUGAGGACGGCAGAUCGGGUGGCAGAUUUCUGUAGAAAAACAUGCAUCAAGCUGGAAUGUUGUCCAAACCUCUUCGGCCCUCAGAUGGUGCUGGAUAAGUGUUCAGAGAACUGCUCUGUCCUGACAAAGACUAAAUACACACACUAUUAUGGAAAGCGGAAAAACAAGCGGAUAGGUAGGCCUCCGGGUGGCCACAGUAACCUGGAAGUAGCCAUGAAGAAACCAAAUAAAAGACGGAAGAGACGAAAACAUUUUUUUGUUCAUAAGAAAAAACGUUCUUCUGCUUCAGUGGAUAACACUCCAGCUGGAUCUCCCCAGGGCAGUGGAGGAGAAGAGGAGGAUGACCAGGAUGAGGUAGAUGAAGAAUCUCUGACUGAGGAUAGUACCUCAGAGCACCAAGACGAAUUGCUUGAAGAAUCAGAGGUAUCGGAGAAGAAAUCACUAUCAUCCUCUCCUACACAGAGUGAACUGUCUCAUUCCCUGGCUCAGGACCGAGACAAGCGGAAGAGGAAGCUUAGGACCUUUUCCUUUUCUGAUGAUGAAAAUAAACCUCCUUCACCAAAGGACAUAAAGAUGGAAGUUGCUGAAAAGCUGCAGCUGGACAGUAACCCUCUGGAAUGGAGUGUGGCUGACGUUGUACGAUUCCUCAAAUCCACUGACUGUGCACCACUGGCGAGAAUUUUCCUUGAUCAGGAAAUCGAUGGCCAGGCGCUGCUGCUGCUGACCCUGCCCACUGUUCAGGAGUGUAUGGACUUGAAGCUUGGGCCAGCUAUUAAACUUUGCCAUCACAUUGAGAGGGUCAAACUUGCCUUCUACCAGCAGUUUGCUAACUGAGGAGCAGCCAAGUUGAAGCGGACCUUUGAAGCACAACUACAAAAACAUGCUCCUUUCUCUCUAGCAAGGAAAGCCAAAUGAAGUUAAACUGAGGCCCUGGUGACCUAAGAGCAUCUGUCAGCCUCAGUUUUUCACUUUGACAAAAGGAAGACAACAUCUGGAACAAAAUGCCAAUGCAAACAUAGGGGCUACUCUACCAGCUGCCAGCUCGGGAACACAAUAGUCUCUUGCUCUAUGGUUCCCUUUUUUUAAUGUAUUUUUUAAUGACUACAGAAAAGUCUCCUCUGGUGGGAAAUGACAUUUCAAUAGUUCUGUUGGCACGGAACUUUAAAAGGAGAAACAGAUCCUGUUUACGUUAGCAUGUAGGCUGCCAGAAAUAACCUUUCUCUGUUCCUGAUGAUUCACAGAAUCCCCUUCCCUCCCUGUGGACGAACACUUGCUUUACCACAGCACUGGCUUUGGAAUGUGCUCUUUGCACAUUCAUGUGUUAAUGUUGAGUUUUUUAAUGAAUUUGUUCAUUGUUAGGACAACAACAUGGCCACAGGGUUCUGAAUGUACAGUAUAGCAAGAGUGUGGUUCCUUUGGGG